CCAUUCCUCUUGCUCAUACCGUACGAACGCAUCCGGUCCGACCCGAUCGUCGAAAGCCCAGGACCAAGCCGGGAGUCUCUCGAAAUCAAAUCAUCCUGCACAGAGCGAAGGGAUCGCCUCCGCACAGGACGAAUCAAUCCAAUCGCAAGAAUGACAGAGGAAUCGACACCGGCCCCUCCCGCGCCCGCGGUGGGGACCAACACCGAGAAUCCCGCCGCCGCUGCCGGUGGCCCCAAAAAGAAAAAGGAGAAGAAGGUCCCCCCCGGCCUGGUCAUUCCGCCAAAGCGACCGAAGCUGACAAAGGCAGAACGCCGGGCGCUCCAGGAAAAACAGCGAGCCGCCAAGGCGGCGGCCCAGGGCGGAAAAGCCGGGGGGAAACAGCUCCAGCCGACCCCGAAAAAACACGUCUUGGCGGCACAGCARCAACAACAGCAACAACAACAAGCCGACAAGAAAACCGCAUCACCCGCCGAAAACGAUAAGCAAAACAAAGACAAGGGCCAGAACAGCAGCAAAGCAGCAACCGAUGACGAUGAUCUAUUUUCUCACUUGCCUCAAUACAAAGGUAGGUCGGGUUUUGAUUUGCCUCUCCAACAAAAUGCAAUGCGUUCUUGCUGUAAUAGCCAAGGUUGCUAACGAUUGCGAUCUAGAAAACUUGUGUGUUCUGAUUUGUGUAGCCCUCAUCACUGUUCCUCUCUUUUUGUUCGUUUGAUCCUGUUGCAAAGAAAUGCCCGACCCGUACGCUCCCGAAUACACCGAAACGUUGCAUCCGGAUGUCAUUGAACUCGGUCUGAAAUAUGCGUCGGGAGAAAUCCAGGGAGACAACGAACGCUGUCGAUCCAUGAUGCAAGUCUUUUUGCAGGUGUUGAAAGACUACGUUCUGCCGACGACAGACAAGAAUACCGCAGCCGAUGUCGACUUUCGUCACCACUUCGACCACCAGGUACUCAAACCCAGUUUUCAGUUCUGGACCGUCAAGUGCCGACCGCACAGCGUUUCAAUGGGCAACGCCUUUACCUUUCUCAAGACGGCCGUCGCAUCUCUGGACCGAGAGGUUUCUCUAGAGGACGCCAAGCUCGAAUUGGAGGACACAAUUCAGCGGUACCUGCAGGAACGAUUGGAAUAUGCCGAUCGCGCCAUUGCCCAGCACGCCAUGGACAAGAUUCAAGACGGAGAUAUACUGCUGACCUUUGGUCACACGGAGGUCAUUGACGUCUUGCUGCGGACGGCCCACGAGGARCGAAUCGACUUUUACGUCUGGGUCGUCGACGCUCGACCCGAUGCGGAUGGCAAGAAAUUGCUGCAGAGCCUGCGGGAGGCCGGCAUACCCUGCGGGUACAUCCGGUUCAACGCACUGACCUACGUUAUGCAGCAGGUCACCAAKGUCUUCUUGGGUGCGAGUGCACUGCUGGUGAACGGAUUCAUCUACGGAAAAAUCGGGACGGCGUGCAUCGCUUUGUUGGCCAAGAGCCACCAUGUCCCCGUUUUGGUCUGCUGUGAAACCUACAAGAUUUCAAACAAGGUCCAGCUGGAAUCCAUUACACUGAACGAAUUAGGAAAUCCCAACGACCUGCUGCUGCUAGCCAGCGGGWAUAAGGAAAAUAGCAAAAGCAAAGCGUCKAGGCAGCCCAACCUCAGGGCAGCUAACCUUUUGUACGACGUCACCCCCGAUAAGUUUGUAAGCGGAAUCAUCACCGAGCUCGGAAUCAUUCCACCAACGAGUGUGGCUGUCUUGUUGCGGGAAAUGAAUAUGGCUAACGACACGGCCUAUUGAUGGGGAACCAAAUAACAAUCCAUCCUGUGGACAUGUUCAAUAACGAAACAUUGCUAAUAAUCUCCAUAGUUCCUUCACUUACAACUCGUUCUUUUCAAAGGUGAUUCUAAUUUAUUUCUGUAUUUUGUUUGUUAUGAAAGGAAAAAAAAUAAUCGACGCAAGAGAAAGAAUGGAAGAACUUCACAGUAUCGUUGUUUCGCCUAAGUUAUAACAAUCGCCGGUUCGCCCUGUCAUUUAUAUAUUACCAUUGCUAGUUCAAAUAGUCUAGUUGCUUCGAUUAAACUUCGAAAUAUUUUAUCUUCUACUUUAACAAUUGUGGCGAUAGAAUGAGAGACAGAAAUAAGACAUAUUUUCGUGACAUGAAAUUUGCUUUGGUUGUAUGGUGUUUGCAAUGCCCAGUUAAGUGCAAGAAUGGCGAUUGUCCGCGAUGACAAUCAAAUGUUGUGGGUCAACGAAUUCAUCAAUGAUCAACCACUCUCUUCUACAGGAGAGCGAAGCUCAUUUAAUGUAGGACGCUGAAUAUUCGUUGCAAUAUCUAUAGUAUGAAAGUGAACGAGGGAGCGUUAGAAUGCGAGAACAGAGAAAAGCGACGAGAAACGAGUACGAAGCACGGGACGAAAUGAAGCAGCACGACUUCCUUUCGAUGCAACCGUUGCGUUGGAUAACUUUGCCCUGCUGUUUGUUGGUUGAAGUGAUACUUACAUGUGAGCGCUGCAGGUGUGGGCAAUUGUACGCUGCCAUCUCUUGGAACCGCAGGGGUUGGUCCGAGGACCAUAUUUGCCACACUAGCAGGUGUGGGUCGCAUAGUGGGCAUUCCAAUCAGGUCCGCGGGUGGAAGGGUAGCCACCGGUGCAAAGGUAACCGGAGAGUCGGUAACGACGAUAAUUCUUCCCGUGGGAGACAAAGUCUUUGUCGCGGUAGGGGACGCAGUCUGUGUUACCGUGGGAGCGGCUGUUGCACCGGGAACCGGCGGUGCGGUGACAACUGGGAUAGGUGGUGCCGUAACGGGAUCGGUCGGGCCCCCUGGAAUUGGUGCAGGGGGAGGUACCGGUACGGUUGGAGUUGGAAUUGGUUGACCCGGUACAUUCGUUGGAAGCUGGGGGUUAAACCCCUGUUGAAAAGUGGGAAAUGGAGUGACUGGAGCCGCUGUCGUAGGAGGGGAGGUAGGCCCAGCCGUAGGCCUAAAGGAUGGUCUUCCUGUUGGUUGCUUGGUAGGAGGACUAGUGGGACCUGCCGUUGGUUUCAAUGUGGGCUUGAACGUUGGAAUUCUAGUGGGUUUCUUUGUAGGUCCGUCCGUUGGUCGCCUCGUAGGCCUUCUCGUGGGUCUACGUGAAGGCCGUUUCGAGGGUCUACCUGUUGGAUUCUUCGUGGGAUUCUUUGUUGGACCAUCCGUUGGUUGCUUAGUAGGCAUUCCAGUUGGAGCCUUGGUUGGCAACUUCGUUGGCCCCUUGGAUGGAGCUUUCGUCGGUGCUGCAGUUGGAAACUUGGUUGGAGCUGCAGUUKGUGCUGCAGUUGGUGCUGCAGUUGGUGCCUGUGUUGGAGAUGGGGUAGGACUUUCAGUUGGAUCUUGACCACUGGUGCCGUAGAGGAGGCACGAGAAGACCAAAAUGGCAUAUGCGGGAGAGCUGAAAAUCUUCAUUGCUUAGAUUCGUUUUCCAGCUUGCUACUGGUUGACCUCAAAUCUAUUAUUGUGCUCGAUGGCUUCUUCCUGACGUUCUCACUUACUUCAGUCGCAACAAAUGCAAACACUGUUA